AGACACCAAAGCACGUCGUCGGUCGGCUCAAAGGUAAGAGCCGCCCAGGCCCACCUCCACCGCCGGCCCCGUCCCCAUCUUCCUUUUUCGCUGGCGGGAUCUCGCCUUCUUAUAUAUUCCCGAUUCUCUCGCUCGUUGAUAUUUUUUCGGCACCGGGAAGAAGUGAAAUGCGUUCGCCGCCACCUUCGUCUUCGAGGAAGGAGCCCAAACCUACUUCUGGGAAGAGGGAGGAGGAGGGGGAGGAGGAGGACGAGGAAGAGACCAUAUUAGUGGCUUUGAUCGAGCAUCGCACCAAGGAAGUCGAUCACCUCCGUCAUCGCGUCUCUUAUUACACCUCCCAGCUCCACGAGGCACAGAAGAGGCUCCAUGAUUCCAAAGGUAAAUUAGCUCUGCUCCGAAGCAAACACUCGGCGGCGGCGGCGGCGGCGGCGGCGCCUUCUUCUUCUUCUUCUUCUGUGGCCGUUUUCACUAAUAAUGGGACGGCUGCAAACGUUAAGACGGAGCGCCGAUCCACCAGUCCUAUCGGCACAAGUGAGGACCUUCUCUUGCAUUCCCUCCCCCCAAAACCAAAGCUCUACAUUCCUGCCCCCAUUCCCCACCAGGACUCUCAGCGCGCUUCCUCCUCCUCCUCCUCCUUCUUUUCAGGCUCUGGAUCAAAGCCAUCGUCUCGCUCCAAUGCCCCUCCUCCUCCGACUCCGACUCCGACUCCGUCCAUCCUCCAUCAAUCCCCGAGCGCCAGGCCCGUUAAGGAGGAGAAACCUCGCGCACGUCCUUCUCCCCGUGAUUCCGAGGCCAUUCAAGAUAGGGGCGGCACCAGAAGGAAGCUUGAACAUAAAGAACACAGAGAACUCAUCCCGUUGAUACGCAGCGCGUCCUCUCCAUUCACCAUUCGGUGCCAAACGAGCAGUCAGGUUCCCAGUCAACACAAGAGAAAGCUAAGGAGUCUCGCCUUGUGUCCUGCACAGGAGCUGCUUUUUGCAACCAGUGCUUUGGAUGGAGUUGUCAACUUGUGGCAAAUUCAGGCUAACGGACAUUCUGCCUCUCUGCUCAGUACUUCUGAUUGUGCUUCACUACGGGAGAGAAGAUGGCCUGAAGAUGUAGCUUGGCAUCCUCAGGGAAACAGACUGUUUUGUGCAUACACUGCUGAUGGUGGGGACUCUCAAGUCUCAAUCCUAAAUCUCAAUAGAACAAAAGAGAGAGUUCGCGUAUCUUUCGUGGAAGCUAAGCCACACCAGAAGGGAAUUAUCAAUGGCAUUCGCUUUAUGCCUUGGGCAGAUAAUUGCUUUGUCACUGGUGGCUGUGAUCAUGCUGUCGUACUGUGGAAUGAGGAGGAGGAGGGCGACGAUAGCAAGUGGAAACCAAAGGCUUUGCACAGGAAUCUGCAUUCCUCUGCUGUAAUGGGGGUUGCUGGAAUGCAGCAAAAGCAGGUUGUACUGUCAGCUGGGGCUGACAAGAAAAUUAUCGGGUUUGAUGUGCAAACUGGGAGGCCGCAAUUUAGGCAUCAAAUAGAAAGCAAGUGCAUGAGCGUACUGCCAAACCCAUGCGACUUUAAUUUGUUCAUGGUUCAAACUGGGACUCCCGGGACGCAGCUGCGGCUGUUUGACGUGAGAUUGAGGCAGACUGAGCUGCAUGCAUUUGGAUGGAAGCAAGAGAGUAGCGAAACACAAUCUGCUUUAAUAAAUCAAGCUUGGUCUCCCGAUGGCUUUCUCAUAACAUCUGGCUCGGCUGAUCCCAUCAUACAUGUCUUUGAUAUCAGGUACAAUGGAUGCAGGCCUUCGCAGUCUAUUAAAGCUCACCAAAAACGUGUCUUUACAGCCGUCUGGCACCAAUAUCUUCCUCUUCUCAUAUCCAUCUCUUCUGACUUGAAUAUUGGUAUCCAUAAGAUCACCUCAUGAGUUUGGAAUGAAACUUCCGUCCAUUAGUCAUUCAGUCGUGAGGAAUCUGGGUUCAUGCUUGAUGCAUUACCUUGCCUCGUCAUGUGACUGGUGAAAUUUGAGUGACAGAAGGGGUAUCCAUUUAAAUUUUGCAGUUCUUUGUAGCCUAUAAAUGUUGUGGAAGUGUAAUUGGACAAUAAUCUCGUCAGUCAAUCAAUGAACAUUGUCAUGUAAUCGUGGGGGUUGGACCCUUCACACUUGAUGAGGUGAUUUUGGAUGUA